GCCGUCAGUCGUAGUUUUACAGGGUACUUUCACACCAUACUUUGCACUACACGACCCAUGGAAGAUCGCAGUGUAGUGUCAAGUGCGGUUGUGGGUGCAUCGAUUGAACCAGUUUGCAGGCAUGUCUCGGGGCAAAAUGUAUGCAUACGCCUGCCCCAAGUCGCUCAGUGGUUGCGGCUUGUGAAGUUUAACGCAGUCUCGGUAACCAUGCCCUCGGCAUCGACCAUCACUGAACGGCAGACUGCCCAGGCAUCUCUAGGGUUCCACAUGGCGCCAUGGACACUGGUGCCGCACCUACACAUGCACGCUAUCGCGCCCCUGAGAAGUCUCAACAUCUGGCAACGAUUUCAUUUCCUCGUCGGUUCCUUCUGGUGA